AUGGACGACUACCAGAAGACAUCCGCUGCCUGCGUAUUCAUCCGAGGUCAUACAGCCAUCCGUCCGCAGGUGGGCAUAAUCUGCGGUUCAGGACUGGGCAAUAUCGUUGAUCUGCUGGCCAAUCAGAUCGUCAUCCCCUACAGCAAGAUUCCCGGAUUCCCCUCCUGCACCGGUAAGUAUCUCAUCGCAUGGCUUCAUGCAACUAACCUCGUCUCACACAGUGCUCGGCCAUGAGGGGAAGUUCGUGUUCGGCGAGUUGGGAGGUAAAUCGGUGGUGGUCAUGCAGGGCCGCUUCCACCCCUACGAGGGCUACAGUCAUCGAAUGGUAGGCAACAGCUCCACCCCUCCCCGGAUAUCCUUCCUUCUCCCUCCCUCCGCCCUCCCGCUCUCUCCAUCUCUCUCCACGAAACCUUUUAGAUUGCUCUGCCAAUUCGAGUGAUGAAGAUGCUGGGCGCGACAUACCUCUUUGUCACCAACGCUGCCGGCGGCAUGAACCGCACCUACAAGCCGGGCGACAUGGUUGUGAUCCAGGAUCAUGUGGAUUUCUCCAGUGUAGUCGGCCUGAACCCCCUCACGGGGCCCAAUGAUGAACGGUAGGGUGGAAUUACUGUCUAACCGGGGGUGUCUGACAGGUUUGGACCCCGAUUCCCCGCCCUCACAGGCAUGUAUGACGCAGGGUUGAGGGAGCUGGCUCAGCGCUGUGGGCGCGAACUCGGUUUGGGGGACAGCCUCCACGAGGGCAUUUACUUCCAUGCUGCGGGACCAGUCUACGAGACGCCGGCGACCAAUCGCAUACUCCUCAGUCUCGGCUGCGACGCCAUAGGUGAGUGUUGUGUGUGUGCGUGUGUGCAGAGCGAAAAUACUCCCAACUCCUUGUUGUUUAUGGCGCUUCCAUCAAAUUUCAAUCUGCCGAUCUUUUAUGUAGAUUCGUCCCUGCUUAGUUUAAUCAAUUCUCAAUGUAAAAAUUGUUUAAGAUCUGGACCAAAAAGCCGGUUUUGAGCUUUUUCCUGCUCAAAUUAAUCUGAAUUUCAGCUUUUGCCUUAUUCCAUGGGAGAUAAGCGUAUUUUAAUACCAAGAGCUGAGGCGAAAAGUUAAGCUGGAUCACGCAUUAUUGUUAGUGGUUUCAAUAGUGGAGUCAGUAGGCCCUGGGGUUAUGCGUUUCGGAGUAGCAUAGCAUCCUCAGACGGGGAUGAUCUGGGAUUGGCAGUCAGUGCCAGUCGGUCUGAGACUCAACGAUCGGCCAACGUGCCGCAGGUACUGUCGAACACAUUCCUCCUGCCUAGGUUCAGCUCAAACUAAUAUUGGUAUCUGACAUAUCCCGACACCCAUUUUACUUUAUAAUGCUGGCUUUCGAAAGAAUUUCUUUACGGCCGCAGGCGAAAACUACCCUCUCUACAAAAUGGCCACUUAAGUAGCAUGUAUCUUUCUCCUUGAUUUUCAAGACCCUUAAAAAUUCAAUUAUAUUUCAUUGUAAACAUUCAUAAAAGUAUUCAUUCUUUUGCCGAUUUGGUAGAAAAUUACGUCUCCUUCCAAUUUUAUGCUCAAAGGAAGGGUAAAGUUUCGGUUUUAAAAACCUUUUCUAAUUCCCGAUUAAUUGUGAAUCCGAUCUCCCGUUAAACUUGCAUUUAGGGAUUCCAAACUACAAGCCAUGUAUUUUCCGCAUACGGAAAACCAAAUGGAACGAGGGAGUUCCGUAUGAACGAUCGGUGAGCGCCCCCUACCACUGUAUAUUCCCGAUCGAAAACCGAAAGGGCUAGGGGCUCGUGGCCCGGUGGGUAGAGGUGUAGACUUCUAAACCAACAGGUCGCGAGUUCGAGGCUCGGGUGUUCCACACUGCGGGCUUGGGUAUGGCUGACUGACGACGGCUAACAAGCCAUAAAUGGGCGUUCCAGUUUCCCUUGUCUUUUUCGGCAAUGACAUUCUGCCCAUAUCAUCCGCCGCUGUGCGACUGCUGGUUUGGCUUAAGAGAGAGCCCCUAAGGCACAACGGAACGAGUGAGUCUCGUCAUAACGAUCGGCAAGCGCACCUCCACCAUUUCUCUACGGUAUUAAUAGGAGACUAUAUGGGGUUCGUAAGAUUUAGUAGUGGAUUUGAGCCCCCCCCCCUUUAUUACCGUCGAGAAAUAUGUGGUUUUCCGUACUUGGAAAAUAUACGGCUUGUAGUUUGGAAGGCCUGAAUCCAAGUGUGACGGUAGAGCGGGUUCAAAAUUAUUCGGGGAGUGGAAAAGUUUUUGAAAAGCGAAUUAUACCCUUCCUUCGAGUAUAAGAUUAAAAGAAGACGUAAUUGCCUACCGAAUGAGCAAAGGAAUGAAUAUUUUCAUGCAUGUUUUCCAUGAAAUCCCAUUGGACUUUUAGGGGCAUCGGAAAUCAUUGAGAAAAAUUGCAAGCUACUUAAGUAGUCCUUUUUUACAGAGGGUACUUUUGGCAUGCAGCCGAAAGGAAGUUCGUUCGAACUGAAUUAUUAUACAAUUAUGCUGCCGGCCGAUAAGUUUUACAACCCUACUUAAUUAAUCUCUUCGAAACGAAAACGCAUUUCCUAAUCUCGGUUGAUAUUUCAUGAGUUAGCCCACCUAUUGUAGGUUAGCGAAUGGUAUGCACAGCGGCAGAGCAUCACCACAAACAUUUUAUGGGGGAAUCAUCUUCUUAAAUCGAGUCUAGGCCACAUUUGGAAGGUUGUGGGGACAGUGUCAUGUGGAGGAUGGGUGGAGGCUUCAAAACACCGUCUAAACUAUCAUCUUUUUUCGCUAGUACACUGAUUUGAAAGGCAUCCUGCUUUUUAUGCAGGGGAAAGGCGGAGGAAAGGGAAUAGUCACACAAAAGACUGAAAAGGUCGCUUCUGAAAUAUUACCCACCAUCACCCAGAAUGACCUGGGACUCGAACCCGACCACUUAGGUUAGCAAACGUUUUGCACAGCGGCAAAACACCACCACGAACAGUUUGUGGAAUGGGAGGAAUCAUCUCCUUAAGUCGAGACUAGGUCGCAUUUGGAGGGUGGUGAGGACAGGACCAUGUGGAGGCUUCAAAAAGUCGUCUAAAUUAUCAUCUUUUGUCGCUGGUACAGUGAUUCGAAAGGCAUCCUGCUUUUUAUGCAAUCGGAAGCAUGCUGGUGUUGGCAGCCCUAAAGUCUAAAAUCUUAACAACUGAAGGGGGUUGCGUCACGACGUCCGUCCUCGUUUCCAGGACGUCUGAUAUCGCCUUUUAAAGUGCAUUCCAUGCAGAACACUGGCAUGGCAAACACCACCUGUUGUAAUCCUACCCGAGUCGAAACUGCGUAGUCGGCGGUUCACUCACAGGUUGUUUACGCCUGUGAUUUCCGCUUCUGACGUCCUCAAUCAUUUUAGACGAGGUAGUAAGCCGUUUUGGGUGUGAACUUGUCUCGUAGCCUGCACUUUAUUUCCAUCUGUACCCAUUGUCAAGUAGUCUCCACUCCGAAUUCUCUUAAAUGGUAGAAUUUGUAAAUUACCAUGGUAGUGUGGACGCAGCCGACCAAACAAUACAAGGGCUCACAAGGCUCCGAGCAGAAUUUGUACGUUUUCUGUUAGUAGUACGUCAGAUCGCCCGAAUCCACGCAAGUACUCCUGCGACCGAAGAACCUCAUGCAAUGCUGUCUGAAAUGAAGGUCAGAUGAAUCAAUCCGUCAUAUGAAGUUCUUGAAUAUAACGUCCGCAUGAGAUAUACAAACCUUCUUGUGAACGUAUGUCGCAUUUCGAACAUUCAUCGCAUUACGCCUGUGGCGGAGACAAAGUCUAAAAAGUUACGGAAAGUGCAUGCCGAGAGUCGUAUGGCGAAUUUCACGAAUAAACUGGCGGGCAUUCGAUCGUGAUGGCUAGAUCAGACAUACUUGUAACGGUGUGCUCUGGUGGCUACAAUUGUCGAAAUACGUUAAAUGGUUACGUGAGAGUGUAAAUUUGCUGACUGAAGCGAACAGGCGAGUUCCAGGUAGCAGUUCAGAAGAUGAAGAUGCGAUCACUGGAACAAGAACUUUAUUGGCUUGACGUUUCGGACAUUCGCAGAUAAAGGUGAUGGUGGCACCAGGAGUGCAGUAUUUAUAGCACGUGUCUGCCGUGGGACCAUAUGCGCACUGUAAUUAACAGAUCUCGCAGUCACCGCUGAAGUCGUAAUUGAUGCGAUGGUGGCUUGUCAAUCCGCGUCCGAGUCGUUAAUUGCCAUGACUUCGUCAUCCGUGCUGGAUGCUGGUGUGACGAUUGCUCGGCAAAUCGGCUCACUGUCACUGGGCUUAUUGCUCGCUGCGCCCUCCCCACGUGACUGAUUCCCCUGCCCAGGGAAAAUCUCAGCACGGAAUAUGGUACCGGAAGGUCAUUGCGCCUGUUGACGGUUUGCGGGCCUGAGAACCAUGACUCGAGCAGCUCGCGGCUCAUGCGGUUAUCAGCCCUUGAGAGGAUUUCGGCCUCUUGAAACUUGAAAAUAUGGUCGGGUCCUGUCGAAUGACCCGCCAUAAUGGAUAUGGAUUGCACUAAUAACUGGGUAGAUGAGAUAUUACCUAAAUAGGCAACAGAUAGUCUUAAACCCCUCAUGGUUACAAGCUUUUAUGAAACAAAAAAGGCUCUGUUACUGAGAAGGAUCUUUAAAUAAAACGUUUUUUUACGUAUAAUUAGUAGAACUUAAGGUACUUUUUACCUGCCUUCCGUAACAUAUGCUUGAAGUUGUAAGGCCAUCGUUAAUUAAAGGAAAAAUAAUACUAUUUAAGUUGUCAUUUUCUAACUAGUGGAAUUUUCUCAGCCCUCCUUGUGCGAUGGCAUAACUAAGUCUGCUUUUUAACGAAAUGGGUAUUAACCUCGACUUGGCCCCGAAAGGCUCCAUAUACCAUUUGACACCAACUUCUGAGUACUUCCGCUGCGAAAGGCGAACUCGCUUUCGACUAUUUACUACUCUUUUGCCUUUUCCAGGAAUGAGUACGACUCAAGAGACUAUCGUCGCCAGACAUAUGGGCAUGAAGAUUUUCGCGAUUUCAAUGAUUACAAAUCUCGAUACCGUGGAUGAGAAGUCGGAAAUUGUUCCAAAUCACGAAGAAGUUCUACAAAUGGCCAACCUCCGAGCUCCACUUUUAGCGCAAUUGCUGGAAAAGAUGGUUAAAAAUCUGUAA